UGAAGUCUUAAUAUGGCGUAACAGACACAUUCUUUCAAAUCGUGUGACCCUGGAGUAAAGCUGCGGACGGCGGCCCCUCGCCGUGGUGUUGUCGCCGAUGGGGGGAGAGCGGAGAGCUCCGGAUGAACACCUGGAUGCGGAGCUCGUGCCCAGAUACGUAGGCAGUGACUUCAUCCAUCGUGUCUCAGCGCACGUCCAGCGGCCGUCGUUCCGGUGUGAGGAUGGAGACGUCGCCGAGAAAACGAAUACGCGAUCAUCCGUCUGUGCUUCUGCGCGCUCUGACUCCAUUAACACGGACACCCGCGGUGCGUUCACGUUCUAUCGUAUUGCUUUAAAAUCGAGAUGGGCUGUGUGUCAAAUGAUGAUGGACGCGCGAUCGAUUACACACGCACUCCCCCUGACCCAAGGUGGCAGCAAUGGCGCCAGCAGCAGCUCCUGUGACCAGCAUGCACUUCUUCCACAAAGAGGAAUGACGCUGACAUCGAUGACCGCGGGAUCCUUAUAAAGUGUAAUGAUACAAUGAACACCUCUGUUACGCCAUCCGACCUGGUGGAUGUGCCAAGACAGCAGAACUUCAAUGGCACCCUGGGCACACACACGCCAUCCAGUUGGGCUGUGAUCCACACUGCUACCUUGACCUUUUGCUCCCUCCUCCUCAUCUUCAUCUUCUGCAUGGGCUCUUACGGCAACCUUGUGGUGUUCCUGUCCUUCUUCGACCCGGUGUUUCGCAAGUUCCGCACCAACUUCGACUUCAUGAUCCUCAACUUGUCCUUCUGCGACUUGUUCAUUUGUUGCGUGACCGCUCCCAUGUUUGCACUGGUGCUCUUCCUGGACGCCGACGGAGGGGAUGGCGUGUCGAAGAGCUUCUGCUUCACCUUCCACUUGACCAGCUCGGGCUUCAUCAUCAUGUCCCUGGAGACGGUCGCCGUCAUCGCUCUGCAUCGGCUGCGCAUGGUUUUGGGGCAGCAGCCCAACCGCACCGCCUCCUUCCCCUGCACGCUGGCCCUCGCCGCCCUGCUGUGGGCGUCCAGCUUCACCAUGGCCGCCCUCCUCGCCAUGCGAGCGUACCCGCGUGGAGACGGGCCCUGCUUGCCCCACUUUGGCCUCGGAGGCGGACGGGCCCGGGUCGUGUUGUACGUCUACCUGGCGGACUUUGCCUUUUGCGUGGCUGUGGUGUCGGUGUCCUAUCUGAUGAUCGCUCGGACGCUGAGGAAGAACGCACAAGUGAGGAAAUGUCCGGUCGCCGCCGUCGAUGCCACGUGCCCGCCUCCCCCACCCCCCCUCGCCGCAGCCGGCUUUGAGAGCAUGCGGCGUGCCGUCCAAGACCCGUCCGUGUGCUGCAGCCAGACGUACGACAAGCUGCACCAAGUUCAGACGCACUCGUACGUCGGCAAGACCAGCCAGCCUCUGGCUCCAGGGGCCGCCCACGGGGCCACCUGCUGUCAGCUGGUGUCCACGGUCAACUUGGCCACAGCCAAAGACUCGAAGGCCGUUGUCACCUGUGUGGUCAUCGUGUUCUCUGUGCUGCUCUGCUGCUUGCCGAUGGGAGUUUCACUGGCGUGGGACGUGUUGUCGCCGGAGAGCAGCUUUGCACAUUACCAGUUUGAACUCUGCGGCUUUGUGCUCAUUUUCCUCAAGUCGGGCAUCAAUCCCUUUGUGUACUCGCGCAACAGUGCCGGCCUCCGCCGCCGCGUGCUCUGGUGCAUCCAGUGGGCGGCACUGGGCUUUCUUUGUUGCAAGCAAAAGACUCGGUUGCAUGCGAUGGGGAAGGGCAGCCUGGAAGUCAAUCGCAAUAAAUCCUCCCAUCACGAGACCAACUCGGCCUACGUCCUGUCGCCCAAACCCCAGAGGAGGCUGGUUGACCAGGCUUGCGGCCCCAGUCACUCCAGGGAUUGUGCUGGUAGUCCAAGGGCCACAGGUGCACGCAAGCCCCGCCCCCAGAGUACCUCUACGCCGAUCAACACCCGCAUCGAGCCCUACUAUAGUAUCUACAACAGCAGUCCCUCUGCGGGGCCCAGCUCCCCGACCAGCCUGCAGCCCGUCGGCUCGCAGACGUUUGCCUUCGCCAAGUCGUACGUCGCCAUGCACUACCACACUCACCAGGACGCACUGCAAGACUUUGAGAGCGCCUCGGUGCACCAGAUUCCCGUUCCCUCCGUCUGAUGGAUCAGAACAGGUGCGCGCACUCGCUCCAUGGCUUUAAAUCAAAUGUGAAUCAAAAGAGGAGCACAACAAGAGGCCCAUGUUAUGUAUUUGGAAUCUGUAUUAACCUUUUGUCCUCUUUUACGUCGGAAAUACGAGUCCAGUUUCGAGAAGUGAGAACCAGUGUUAUAAGCCUGGCCGUGAAAGUAAAAAAAAAACAAGCAAUAGAUUUGUUAUGAAAGUGUCUUAUCCAGAAGUCCUUGACUGUAAUUGAUUCGUUUUUACGGCAUUUUCACGUUAAUCUGCCCCUGCGUUGCGCACGCAUGUGCCGUUCUAACCCGAUACUCUGGAGGUUUUCAUUGCAGGCAAAGACUGCCGUUCCAGAUCACUGCUGGUUCCUCUCAAGUGGCCGAGAGCUCCAAGCUGCUGGGGGGGGGGGGCUGCCCACACGUGGCUGCCCACACGUGGCUGCCCACACGUGGCUGCCCACACGUGGCUGCCCACACGUGGCUGCCCACACGUUGCUUGCCAGAUGGCAUGCGGUUGCUACUUUGAUGAACUUUUGCUUCUUAAGAGAAAUGUAUUUGUGAACCGCAUACAGUUUUCAACACAAUAAAUGUUUGA